AUGGAGGAGUCGCCGGAGUGGCAGGCCCAACUGCGGGCGGCCGAGGAGGAGGAGCAGCAGCUGUGGGAAAACCCAGGGUACCCACCCACGCCGAGGAAUGCGCCCGAGCCCUGCAUCCCGCCGCCAGAAGUGGCAGAAGACUGGGCGUCCUCACCUCCGCGGUGGCUGCCCGAAAUCCCACCCACACCGCGGUACGAGGGGUCACCGCAGUGGACUCCAGCACGACCACCCACACCGAGGUUCGAGCAGCCACCACCGCAGCCGCAGCCACCACCGCAGCAGCAGUUCGAACGCGAGCAGCCACCACCGCAGCAGCAGCUCGAACGCGAGCACCCACCACCGCAGCAGCAGCCACCACCGCAGCAGCAGCACGAACGCGAGCGACGCCGGCAGCACGAGACCGAUCCGCUGCAGCAACAACACAUCCGGACGGACAUACCGGCGGCUCACGGACCCGCGGAGGAGACGGCGGCGACGGAGGAGCCCCGAAUCUGGGAAGAGAGUGGUCCCCGGGUGAGCCCGCUGGAUCCCAGGACCCGCGGCAGACCGGAGCAUUGGGCCCCACCGACACCGAGCACCAGACUGACGACGCCAAGGACAGGGCCAUCGACGCCAAUGCCAACAGGGAGCGCGACGGUAACCGCGGAGCCAGAUGAGCCGCUGGAGCGAGGACCCUGGGUGUGGCCCGAGCCCGUGGAAGGCGGCCGACCUCCGCUCAAGCGGCAGCACAAGGCGCCCGAAGUGUCCGAGGUGGUGGCACGCCCGAAAUUGUCGCGGACGGUGUCGGCGCCGGAGGGCCAGCGAUGGCGAGAGAUCGCGGAGCAUGAAUUGCCCGAGGGGAUUGCGGAAGCACCGGCGGUGAAGGAGGCUCGCAUCCUGGGCGGCAGGCGCAGCGUGCGCGCGCCCAUUUACGUGUGGCUUCCACCCACUACUUUAACCCAGUCUCAGAUGAGCUAG